AGGUGCGUUUCACCUGUUCUCUCGCUUUCGUGGAGAAACGAAACUGAGCGGCUGCGGCUCCGCUUUCGGACAGCGCUCCCGGGGCGAUCCAACCAAGAGGUCAGGAAGAACAAGAUGGAGUUUGCCAGCAGCUAUUUCUACGUCCAAUGUGCCGCGACCACAGAGCCCAGCGAGCGGCCACGGGCACCACUGCCGGGGGAAGGGAACAAUGCCAGGACGGGUGAAGUGCCGGUGUUGCCAAUGUACCAGUCGGUGGAGGGGUGUGGAGUUGCCAUGGGACCGGUGUACGACCAGGUGUACGAGGCGGUGGGUGGGCUGGGCCGAGGGGUGGGCAUGGAGGGGCAAGGUGCCACCUACAUGAACCACAGCACCUUGUCACAGCCCCUCACCCCCUCCUCCCCUGUCUACGUCGACCAGCCCGGCACCGGGCUCUACCCGCCGGUACCUUCCGGCAGCUACGAUGGAAGCCCAUCGGCUACGGCCCCCCAGCAACCGGCAAAACCCACCCCCAUCCCCCCUCCUCGCCGAUCCCGGCGACUCACACCACAAGUGAUGCCGCCCCCACUGCCCCCUCGACCACCCAACAUGCGGAAGGUGCCCGACUACGUGGAGGUGAUGGAACCAGGGGGUUCGGCACAGUCGGGGGUCCCCAUGCCCCUCCCGGCCCCACUGAGCCCCGAUAAAGGUGAGUGAGGGGCUGGGCCUGGCGGGACA